AUGUCUAACAAUGUUAUACGACAACAGAGAGAUCGUAACCAUGAAGAAGAGAUUCCCGCCAGCUCUAUGACUGGUCGUAUAUCAAAGAGUGAUAUGAGAAGUAAUUACAAGUCUUCACCUGCACCAGCCCAGUUGAAUAAACCACCACGCAAAGAACCAGAAUCAGAACCAGUAGACGACCAAUUAUAUGAACUAUUCGUGACUAAAAUACGGUCCUACCUACCUGAUUCAAGUCACGAAGUCAUUCAAUCAGCAUCAGAAGUGGCCAGCGAACAAUUGAGCAAUCGUGAUAUAUCUGUCCCAGAAAAGAGAAAAGAACUUGAAGAACUAUUGAAUGCAUCUAUAUCUGAUGAUGACCUUCAUGAAUUGAUUAAUUUAUCCAACUCAAUUGAAUCUGCCAAACAAAAUCAUCAACAAGGCAACGGAGAUGACGAAUUUGUUGCCAUCGACUUUAAUUCGUCAGAUGACGAGGAACAGGCUAUAGAAGCAGAGAUUGAAGUUGAAGACGAAAGCGACAAAGAAACAGACACGGAAGAACCCACAAGCAACGAACACCCCAAAGCAUACGACUGGCAUUGGCUUCAACAGAUUUCUGAAUUUAAACAUUAUGGGUCACAAGUAUUUGAUCUUUUGGCUGACAAAGAUUUGGAUCUGCUACAGCUAGACAGUAAACUCAACGAGUUAUUGGAUUCCAAGGGGAUGGACUUUAUUGUCAAAUGUAUUGAACAUAGAUGGCGUAUUGUAUUUUCCAAGAGAUUGCAAACAGAAAACAAAGAACCUGUCAUAAAGGAAAUGGAAGAACUUGGUCUUCAUUCUUUGAUCAACGAGUUGCACCGCAAAAGACUGCUAGAUGAUGAGACUAGCAACCCACUUAAACGACAAAAAAAGGUAAAACGAGUACCCCAAAAGAUUAGCCUUGACAGAAUUGUGUUCUCUACCAGUGUUGAAAAUGCCCGUGUGACUUUACCAGAGGGUACCAUUCACGAGGUUAAAAAGUCUUACGAUACCAUCACUGUCCCAGCACCAGCACAGUCUUUAUCCGACAAUGAUGAAUUGUUGCCUAUUUCUACUCUUCCAGAUUGGGCCCAAGAAGCUUUCCCCAAAACCGAAACCACUACAUUUAACCGGAUUCAAUCGAAAAUAUACAACCAGGCAUUUGAAACCGACAAUAACUUAUUAAUUUGUGCUCCCACGGGUGCUGGUAAAACAAAUGUGGCAAUGUUAACCAUACUACGCACUAUUGAAAACUUCCGUAACAAUGGCCACAUUCAAUUGAAAAAUUUCAAAAUCGUGUAUAUUGCCCCGUUGAAAGCACUUGUGCAAGAACAAAUGCGUGAAUUCCAAAGACGUCUUACAUCAGUGUAUGGGGUUGUUGUUAACGAGUUGACCGGUGACCUGUCUUUGUCGAAACAACAAAUAGCUGAAACUCAAAUCAUUGUCACAACGCCAGAAAAGUGGGAUAUCAUAACCAGAAAAGACCCCAGCUAUGUGAAAUUGGUCAAACUCAUGAUCAUUGAUGAAAUCCAUUUAUUGCAUGACGAAAGAGGUCCUGUUUUAGAAAGUUUGGUCAGCAGAGCUAUAAGAAAAUCUGAAACUACUGGUUCCGAUAUCAGAAUUGUCGGGCUUUCGGCUACUUUGCCAAACUAUGCCGAUGUCGCAAAGUUUAUCAGGGCAAAACCUGAAGGGUUAUUUUACUUUGACGCUAGUUAUAGGCCAUGUCCAUUGGAACAGGUAUACAUUGGGGUAAAGGAACAAAAGGCUAUCAAAAGAAUUGCUGCCAUGAACGAAGCGUGCUACGACAGAAUGCACCAAAGUCUACAAGAUCGUCAUCAACUUAUCAUUUUUGUCCAUUCCAGAAAAGAGACAUUCACCACUGCAAAAUAUUUGAUGGAGAAAUUAGAUAUCGACAUCGUGGAACAAGAAGGUGUAAAAGAAAUAUUGAAACAGGAAGGUGAGUCGAUGUCUAACCCCAAGUUAAAAGAGGUCAUACCCAGAGGAUUUGGGAUUCACCAUGCUGGUUUGACCAAAAAAGAUAGGGGUGUGGUUGAAGACUUGUUUGCUCAAGGUCACUUGCGUGUUCUUGUUUCUACCGCCACUUUGGCGUGGGGUGUUAACCUUCCAGCACACACUGUAAUUAUAAAGGGUACAGAAACCUAUUCACCAGAAAGUGGGGCCUGGGUCCAAUUAUCGCCUCAGGAUAUUUUGCAAAUGUUGGGGCGUGCUGGUAGACCACGAUACGACAAGAAUGGUGAAGGGAUUAUCAUUACAUCACAAGACGAGGUCCAAUACUACUUGGCCAUUUUGAAUCAGCAGUUACCUAUUGAAUCACAAUUGAUUCACAAAUUGGUAGAUAAUAUUAAUGCAGAAAUUGUUGCUGGGUCAAUCACCACUAUCGAAGAAGGCAUAGAGUGGUUGACUUAUACAUAUUUUUUUGUUAGAAUGUUGCAGUCGCCAGCCUUAUACGGUGUUGAAGCCACAUAUGACUUUACGAAUGACCCAACACUUUACAACCGAAGAGCUGAUUUGAUAUACACUGCAUUUUGUAUUUUGCAUGAAAACAAGUUGGUCGUUUAUAACGCUGCUUUGGGUUCAGUCGCCUCAACUGAGUUGGGUAAGAUUGCAUCACAUUUCUAUAUCAAUUUUGAAACAAUAAAUCUAUAUGGGAAAAUGUUGAAACCAUGGCACAGUGAAACCGAUAUUUUGAGUGUGUUUUCAAACUCAGGCGAGUUCAAGUAUGUUCCCGUGAGACAGGAAGAAAGAUUGGAAAUAAGCAAGUUGAUGGAGAAAUGUCCUAUCCCAAUCAAAGAACAACCCAAUGAACCACUAGCCAAAAUCAACAUACUUUUGCAGACAUUUAUUUCUCGAUUAAGUCUCGAAGGAUAUGCUUUGAUUGCCGACAUGAUAUACAUUACCCAAUCUGCUGGAAGAUUGCUUAGAGCGUUAUAUGAAAUAGCUUUGUUGCAAAAAUGGUCAUCAUUAGCCAAAAGUAUCCUCAAUUUGUGCAAAAUGGUAGACAAACGAUUGUGGCUAAACAAUUCACCAUUGAGGCAAUUUGGUGAUGUCGUCCCUCACCAGAUCAUUCGAGCAUCAGAGAUGUCACAUUUGCCAUGGAUUAGGUAUUUUCAUUUAAACCCUGAUGAACUUGCUGUUGCGUUAAAUUUAAAGGGAAAUGCCCAAAUAGCUAAACAGUAUAUCGAUUCUUUUCCCAAAGUAUCAAUCCAAUACAUGGUUCAACCUAUCACAGAACAAUUUCUACGCAUACAGGUUGAGGUGAUUCCAGAAUGGUCUUGGAUUCUGGCUAUUCACGGGAGCCAAGAGAUUUUCAAUGUUUUUUUGGAAGGUUGUGAUGGGAAUAAACUAUUGCAUAGCGAACAAUUUAUCGUAAAACGCAAAAAUAUUAACAAACCGCAUAUUUUGGAGUUUUUUGUUUCUUUUGUUGCACCGCCUUUACCCAAUUAUAUUCUAUCGUUUGUCAGUGAAAAAUGGGUGCACUGUACAUGGAAAAGCUCUAUUUUAUUGUCUAACGUGAUUUCUCCCAAAGUGUCACCUCAUUACUUGGAUAACAAUGUGGAUUUAGUACCUACAGAAACAGUGGGCGAUUUGUUUCCAUUUACUCAUUUCAACAAAUUGCAGUCGUCAACGUUUGAUACAGUUUACAACAGCGAAAAUAAUGUUUUUAUUGGCUCUUCCAAAGGCGACGGGAAAACUGUUUUGGCCGAGUUGGCAAUAUUGAAUCAUUGGAAUAACAAAAAAGGCAGAAUAGUAUACAUUAAUCCGUGCCAGGAACUUGUUGACAAAUUGUUUAAAAAAUGGUCCACAUUCUUUCUGUCAUAUGAGAAGGAAAUCAAUGUGUUAAGUGGUAACUUGCGUGAAGACUCGGCUUCUGUGAAUCAAAGCCACUUGAUUUUGGCCACGCCCGAACAGUUUAACUGUUUAUCAAAGCGUUGGAAAACUAGAAAGGCGUUUAGGUCUAUUGAUUUAUUUAUCUGGGACGACUUGCAUUUAGUUGGGUCAGAUGUUCACUACGAGAUGCUUGUCACAAGAGUUCGUAUGUUAACCUCACAAUGGGAUGACUAUAAACUAAGAAUUGUUGCUUUGUCGAGCCCUGUAUUAAACAGUCGUGAUAUUGCAGAAUGGAUAGGAGUGGCGAAACUGGAAAUGUUUAAUUUUGCUCCACAUAGUCGCGAAAACAGAAUCACCGAAAUUAAACUAAGUGUCGAAAGCUCCGACAAUACAGUUAAAAUUUAUAAAGAUUUGGCUAAAGUGAAUAGUGGUUUGAGGAACACGCUAAUCUUUGCUCCAUCAUAUAUCCAUGCCUUUGAAAUGGCACAUAGUAUGGUCGAAAAUAACCAAGCACAAGAAUGGAGAUCAGUUGAUUUAUUGAAAUUGGAAAAAUAUAUCCUGAAAAUUCAGAAUCCCUUAUUGAAGAACUUGUUACCUAAAGGAAUUGCCGUAUUCUAUUCUGGUAUGGCACGAGUCGACAGAUUGAUUGUGGAAAGAUUAUUUGAAUCCAAGUCCAUUGGUGUAUUGUUUUGCACCAUGGAUACUAGCAAAUUUGCACCAACUGCUAAUAACGUGUUUGUUGCUGGGACACGAGUAUAUGAUGGCCACGAACAUCGAUUCCUUGAUUACCCGCUUAAUGAUUUGUAUGAAAUGGUAGGCUGUUGUCAAGAUGGCGGAGUGGUCCAUAUCUAUACAACUUCGCAGAUGGUCGAAUUCUACAGCUCGUUUUUGAAUCUGGGGCUUGCGGUAGAGAGCUUGCUCUCAAACUCUUUGCACGAGUUUUUCAUGGACGCUGUUGCCAAUGGUAUUAUUAAACAAAGACAAAAUUGUAUUGAUGUAUUGACAUUCACAUUUUUUUACAGAAGAUUGCUAAAAAAUCCAAGUUUUUAUGACUUGAAAGAAGUUUCGAAUAGUGGAAUUUCAACGUAUUUGUCAGAAUUGAUAGAAAGUGUUUUCGAUGAUUUCAACAAGGAAGAAUUUAUUGAAGAAGAGGACGAAGGAGAUACCAUCAGUCCAUUGAAUAAAAUCGUUAUUGCUUCUCAUUACAACAGUACUUUUGAAACAGUAUCCAACUUGAGCAAGCUCAGCAAUAAAAGUAAAUUGAAAGAUAUUUUCCAUGCGUUGACAAAUGCAACUGAAUUUAGUGACUUACCUGUACGUGAAGGUGAAGACGCCUUGUUGAUUAAACUUCAAACUAAACUACCAAUAAAAUAUAGUCAAGAUGAUUAUGAAUCACCAUUUUUCAAAGCUUUUAUACUAUUGCAGGCACAUAUAUCACGAAUCAGUAUCCCCUUUGAUUUACGACAAGAUCAGAAAUCUGUUUUGACUAGAGUUUUACAAAUUUUGAAUGCAGCUAUAGACAUUUUGUCAAGUGAUGGCUCGUUGAAUGUUUUAUUAGCCAUGGAUUUAUCACAGAUGAUAGUGCAGGCUGUGUGGAGUUCUGACAACCCAUUAAGACAAGUUCCGCGCUUCACCAACGAGAUUUUAGCUAGAUGUACUCAGCACAAUGUCGAAACAGUAUAUGAUAUAAUGUCAUUGGAAGACGAAGAACGGAAUGAAAUCUUGCAAUUGCCAGACCAAGAAUUGAACGAAGUUGCAUCGUUUGUGAAUCUGUAUCCUAAUAUUGAAUUACUGUAUGAAAUGAAGGGCGGGGUUACUUCUAACGAAUCAAAAUUUGUUACCGUUACAAUCGAUAGAGAUGAAGAGAUCGAGUCAUUAGAAGUUGUUAAAAAUGAAAAUUUUCCUGUUACCAAGCAAGAGAAUUGGUGGAUUGUUGUUGGCGAUAGUAAGACUCGUCAUUUAUAUGGUAUAAAGAAAGUCAAUAUUCAAAAAAUAAGCCAGUCUUUCGAAAUCGAGUUUACUAUCCCAAACAAAGGUAAGCAUGAAUUAACAAUUUAUUUGAUCUGUGAUUCAUAUCUAGACGCUGAUAAAGAAAUGGAAUUCGUUAUAGAUGUAGUAUAG